UUUUGUGUUUACUUGGUUUACCUUGCUGCAUUCUUCAUUUCAUUGCUUAAUUCACAACUUUAGUUGCUCUGCUGGAUUGACAGUUCCGAUUUAACUUAUGAAUUUGUGAGCUGACAUUUUAGCGCCUAAAAUAAUAAUUUGAAAAACAGAAAAGAUGAUCUGUUUUAAAGCAAUGUUGCUUUUUGGUGCAUUAAUUUCACCCUUAGUUACAGCCACAAUUUCUGGUGUUUAUGAGGACACCGGUUUUCAAAAUAUGCUAGUGAGACCGCUAAGUCAAGAGGAGCAGACAUCGGUAGGGGGGAAUGUUCUGCAAAUGAUGGGUCUUCCAGAUGUGCCAAACGGUGACCACCAUGGCCACGACGCAGCAGCCGCCGCGCCAAAGUUUCUUCUGGACGUGUACACAACUUUGCUUAAUGAGGAACAACACAAGUCCAACAGGAAGACUGAGUUUCAAAUGACCAUGACUGAUAUUCACGCUAUGCACGAAAGUGAUGUUGUCAUGAGUUUCACUACUCAAGACCCCCCAAGAGUUGUGUUGCGACACCAAAAGGAACAGAGACUCUGGUUCAAUGUUUCACAAGUGCCUGAAGGAGAUUCACUAAUGGCAGCAGAGCUCAGGAUUUACAAGGAACAAGUCCAGUUGAAGAAUAAUAAAAUGGAAAAUUUCAAUUUAGUAUUGAACAUGCUGGUCCCACUAGCAGAUGGCGAGGGUCUGGAAAAGAUCUUAGAAGUGCCUAUCAACAGCCAUAGUCAUGGAUGGAUUUUGUUUAAUGUGACCGGUGCCCUAGACAAAUGGAUACAGAACGAAGAAUCCAAUUUAGGCCUGUACAUCAAUGUCGUCCGCCAAAAUACGAGCAAACAUGUUAAGCCGGAUCAUGCCGGCAUUCAGCUGACAGGAACUGUAAAACAGCCAUUCAUGGUUGCCUUCCUCAAAGCCGAUAACGAUUUAAACCCUUCAGAAAACUAUCCUUCAUUGGAUACUGAAGAAGAAAUCGAGCUCGAGAAUGAGUUAGAAAACCUUGACGAACUUGAAAAGAGGCGUUCAAAGCGAGACACCAAAAAGAUCAAACAAGCUGGUUCCUCUCAAGUCUCGCAUUAUGAUCCCAUCAAGAGCUUUGUGCCUGAAUCAAAUCAUAGACCUGAGAAUGCCUGUCAACUAAGGACUAUGUUUGUCAGUUUUGCUGACUUAAACUGGAAUCAGUGGAUUAUUGCCCCGGAUGGUUAUGCUGCAUUCUACUGUUAUGGAGACUGUAAAUUUCCACUCACGUCCCACAUGAACGCCACUAAUCACGCAAUUGUGCAAACUCUGGUGCAUCUGAUAAAUCCAGUAGCAGUGCCAACACCUUGCUGCGCUCCGACAAAGUUAUCUGAAAUCUCUGUCUUGUAUUACAUGGACGCAUCUGCAAAUGUAUUCUUAAAAAGGUUCAAGAACAUGGUUGUAAAAGCCUGCGGGUGCCAGUAAGCCAAACUUUGAAGAUCAUUACUUGAAUCUCAGGAGUUUCAAUACAUUCCAUGAGCGAUAAAGGCAUAUCAAUAAUUGUGCAAUAUUUUAUGCUGUUGCUAUCAUCUAGCGAUAUUAAGAUAGCUUUUUUAUACUCACCCGCUUCAUUAAGAUAUUUUUCAAUUUAAUCAAGCUUCAUCAAUGAAUGGAUCUGAAAAGUUGUGUCCAUUAGGAACUGAACUGAGUGAAAACAUAGUAAGGCUGUCCUAGCUAUAUAGUCUCUUGCCAUUUCACUAAAUUAACUAAGCUUCUCACCUGUGAAAUUAUCAUUACAGGCUGGCAGCGUGUUAAAAUAAACUUCAGUUCAAACGGAUCCUAUCCUUACGUGCCUUUUGGCUUUGAUAAGCCGGACUUUCCCAACAUAUUUUUGUAAAAUUUUGCAAACGAUAAUGUAAUGUUCCUUUGUACUUAAGCAUGACUUAAAAUUGCAAAUUAUUCCCUCCUGCUCAGUUUAUUUGGUAUCAUCUGAUGUGCGCAUUGGGUUGCUGCUGCUAGUAUAUUUAAAGUUUUGACGAGCAAAAUAAUACAUCAAUCAUUAGGUAAUUAUUUGCAAUUUAAUAAAUUUUAACGAUUUAAGCCAAGUGUGUCUUUAAUAUUAAAUAGUACUUGCAUGUACAUGCUCUUAAUGUCUUGAUUAAAAUCCUAUUUCAAUUGGUAGUUACGGUGGAUGGGUCCAAUUAGUUAUAUCUUACAUCAAAAAUUUUUUAGUGCAUUGAUGAAUGCAUAAGUUUACAAUUAGAGUAAGCCAAAUUGUAACAAAACUAUGUGCCAUAUUUUUCUAAUUAAAGUACAUACAAUUAUUUUAA